AACAACAACAACCGCAAAUGUGAUUGUGUGUAAAGAACAGACGUCGACGCUUGUAUAUGCGGGAUUUUAAUGAACCUGGACGCACGAAAAUCAGAGCUGCGGAGCAUCAUCUGAUCUGAGUUGAAACUACUUAAUCUAUCAAAUCGGAUGUCAAUCGGUCUUCUUCCACAAUGAAGACGGACAUCGCUUACAACCAGCUGGUGGACGUGGAGAGGAGGAGACAGGAAUCCAACAGGAAAGCCCAGGUGUAUUCCAGGUGUGUGAUCGCUCUGGCCACUGUGGCCACUCUGCUGCUGGCCGCCAUGGCCCUCUAUAACCUCCUGACACCGAGGGUUUCCUCCUCCCAUCCUUCCCCGAGCAGCAGCAGCAGCAGCAGCAGCAGCAGCCUCCGUCUGCCCAAGGGCGAGUCCUGCUCAGACCCCUGCAAGAUCGUUCUGGUGGAGAGCAUCCCUGAAGGGCUGGAGUUUAACUCCAGCACCACUCACCCCUCCAUCUUCCAAGCCUGGAUCAGUCUGAUGGCCGAGGCUCGCAGCAGUGUCGACAUCGCCUCCUUCUACUGGACGCUCACUAACAAAGACACUGGCACUCAUGAGCCGACAGCCAAUCAGGGUGAGACCAUUCUGAAGACACUAGCUAAACUUUCCGGCAAGUUGUCUGUUCGUAUCGCAGUGAACACGCCACAGAAGAGUCAACCACAAGGCGACCUCCGACUGCUCAACGACUCAGGUGCUAAUAUCAGGACAGUUAACAUGAGAGAGCUCACUUCAGGCGUCCUCCACACAAAGUUCUGGGUUGUGGACAAGAAACACAUUUACAUUGGCAGUGCCAACAUGGACUGGAGGUCCCUCACACAGGUGAAGGAGCUGGGCGCGGUGGUCUACAACUGCAGCUGCUUGGCCGCCGACCUGGGGAAGAUCUUUGAAGCCUAUUGGUUCAUGGGGGAGAGUCAGUCCAUCCCAUCGCCGUGGCCCACCAGCUUCUCAACCCUCUACAACAAGGACACGCCCCUCCAGCUGCUACUCAACAACACGCCGUCCGACGUCUACCUGUCGAGUUCCCCUCCGUCUUUCUGUGCAGCCGGCAGGACUUCAGACCUUCAGUCCAUCCUCAGUGUGAUGGAGGAUGCCCAGAGCUUCAUCUAUAUCGCUGUCAUGAACUACCUGCCCACCAUGGAGUUUUCACAUCCUAAAAGGUACUGGGCUGACAUCGACACCCAGCUGAGGCGCGUCGUGUACGAGAAGCGGGUCAAAGUGCGUCUGCUGAUCAGCUGCUGGGCCAGCACCCAACCGAUCAUGUUUCCUUUCCUGAAGUCUCUGGCCUCAGUUUAUGACCCCAAGAGCAAACUGGACAUCCAGGUGAGGCUAUUUGUGGUGCCUGCCAGUCCCAAGCAGAAGGAGAUUCCCUUUUCCAGAGUCAACCACAACAAGUACAUGGUGACUGACAAGAUAGCCUACAUCGGUACAUCUAACUGGUCAGGGGACUACUUUGUGAGCACAGCUGGCUCAGCAUUGGUUGUCAACCAGACCGCAUCACAGUCCCCGGAGCCAACCGUCCAAUCACAGCUGCAGGCUCUGUUUGAGAGGGACUGGAACUCUGAGUACAGCACUCCUCUCACCCAGCACUCAAACGUCAAAGACUUGUGUUAGAUUCCACAGUAUUACA